UUGCAGAGUUACAAUACAUUUGUCCUUUCGCUGUACAUCACAAGUUAUUGAAGUGGAGUACCUACAAGAACAUGACUCCCGGGCACUAUUCAAUUAAUUCAAAGAGGAACUGGAAAUGCAAUACUGUACCUCCAAUAAUGAGUCUGUGGAAGUCGGCUAUUGUGACACUUGUAAUCACAGCUUCCAGAUUUGGAUCCACAUCAGGUUUCACCACUGACCACACUUCACUAUCUACUACAGAAAUCACCCACAACAGUGAUUCGUCAUCUACAACAACUAUACUACCCAACACAUUGAACCAAACAUCAUCAACAAUACUUGCCUCUGAUGUCACAAAUUCUACAUCUUCACUACCAGUCCCAUUGGAAUCCAAUGCCACUACAUUAGCACCGGCUUCAUCAGUCACAAUUUCCACAUCUUCCCUACCAGUUCCAUUAGAAUCUAAUGCCACUACAUUAGCACCGGCUUCACCAGUCACAAAUUCAACUUCUUCACUACCAGUUCCAUUUGAAUCCAAUGCCACUACAUUAGCACCGGCUUCAUCAGUCACAAAUUCCACAUCUUCACUACCAGGCCUCUUAGAAUCCAAUGCCACUACAUUAGCACCAACUUCCUUGGUCACAAAUUCCACAUCUUCACUACCAGGCCUCUUAGAAUCCAAUGCCACUACAUUAGCACCGGCUUCAUCAGUCACUCAUUCCACAUCUUCCCUACCAGUCCCAUUAGAAUCCAAUGCCACUACUAUAGCACCGACUUCAUCAGUCACAAAUUCCACAUCUUCACUACCAGUCCCAUUGGAAUCCAAUGCCACUACAUUAGCACCAACUUCAUUGGUCACAAAUUCCACAUCUUCACUACCAGGCCCAUUGGAAUCCAAUGCCACUACAUUAGCACCGGCUUCAUCAGUCACAAAUUCCACAUCUUCACUACCAGUCCCAUUAGAAUCCAAUGCCACUACAUUAGCACCGGCUUCAUCAGUCACAAUUUCCACAUCUUCCCUACCAGUCCCAUUAGAAUCUAAUGCCACUACAUUAGCACCGGCUUCAUCAGUCACAAAUUCCACUUCUUCACUACCAGUUCCAUUUGAAUCCAAUGCCACUACAUUAGCACCGGCUUCCUCAGUCACAAAUUCCACAUCUUCACUACCAGUCCAAUUAGAAUCCAAUGGCACUACAUUAGCACCGGCUUCAUCAGUCACAAAUUCCACUUCUUCACUACCAGUUCCAUUAGAAUCCAAUGCCACUACAUUGGCACCGGCUUCAUCAGUCACAAAUUCCACAUCUUCACUACCAGUCCCAUUAGAAUCCAAUGCCACCACAUUAGCACCGGCUUCGUCAGUCACAAAUUCCACAUCUUCACUAACAGUUCCAUUAGAAUCCAAUGCCACUACAUUAGCACCGGCUUCGUCAGUCACAAAUUCCACAUCUUCACUACCAGUUCCAUUAGAAUCCAAUGCCACUACAUUAGCACCGGCUUCAUCAAAUUCCACAUCUUCACUACCAGGCCUCUUAGAAUCCAAUGCCACUACAUUAGCACCAACUUCCUUGGUCACAAAUUCCACAUCUUCACUACCAGGCCUCUUAGAAUCCAAUGCCACUACAUUAACACCGGCUUCAUCAGUCACUCUUUCCACAUCUUCCCUACCAGUCCCAUUACAAUCCAAUGCCACUACAUUAGCACCGGCCUCAUCAAUCACAAAUUCCACAUCUUCACUACCAGUCCCAUUAGAAUCCAAUGCCACUACAUUAGCACCGGCUUCAUCAGUCACAAUUUCCACAUCUUCCCUACCAGUCCCAUUAGAAUCCAAUGUCACUACAUUAGCACCAGCUUCAUCAGUCACAAUUUCCACAUCUUCACUACCAGUUCCAUUAGAAUCCAAUGCCACUACAUUAGCACCAGCUUCACCAGUCACAAAUGCAACUUCUUCAUUACCAGUCCCAUUACAAUCCAAUGCCACUACAUUAGCACCGGCUUCAUCAGUCACAAAUGCAACUUCUUCAUUACCAGUCCCAUUACAAUCCAAUGCCACUACAUUAGCACCGGCUUCAUCAGUCACAAAUGCAACUUCUUCAUUACCAGUCCCAUUACAAUCCAAUGCCACUACAUUAGCACCGGCUUCAUCAGUCACAAAUGCAACUUCUUCAUUACCAGUCCCAUUACAAUCCAAUGCCACUACAUUAGCACCGGCUUCAUCCGUCACAAAUGCAACUUCUUCAUUACCAGUCCCAUUACAAUCCAAUGCCACUACAUUAGCACCGGCUUCAUCAGUCACAAAUGCAACUUCUUCAUUACCAGUCCCAUUACAAUCCAAUGCCACUACAUUAGCACCGGCUUCAUCAGUCACAAAUGCAACUUCUUCAUUACCAGUCCCAUUACAAUCCAAUGCCACUACAUUAGCACCGGCUUCAUCAGUCACAAAUGCAACUCCUUCAUUACCAGUCCCAUUACAAUCCAAUGCCACUACAUUAGCACCGGCUUCAUCAGUCACAAAUGCAACUUCUUCAUUACCAGUCCCAUUACAAUCCAAUGCCACUACAUUAGCAACAGCUUCAUCAGUCACAAAUGCAACUUCUUCAUUACCAGUCCCAUUACAAUCCAAUGCCACUACAUUAGCAACAGCUUCAUCAGUCACAAAUGCAACUUCUUCAUUACCAGUCCCAUUACAAUCCAAUGCCACUACAUUAGCACCGGCUUCAUCAGUCACAAAUGCAACUUCUUCAUUACCAGUCCCAUUACAAUCCAAUGCCACUACAUUAGCACCGGCUUCAUCAGUCACAAAUUCUACAUCUUCACUACCAGUCUCAUUAGAAUCCAAUGUCACUACAUUAGCACAGGCUUCAUCGGUCACAAAUUCCACAUCUUCACUACCAGUCCCAGUAGAAUCAAUUGCCACUACAUUAGCACCGGCUUCAUCGGUCACAAAUUCCACAUCUUCACUACCAGUCCCAUUAGAAUCCAAUGCCACUACAUUAGCACCGGCAUCCUCAGUCACAAAUGCAACUUCUUCAUUACCAGUCCCAUUACAAUCCAAUGCCACUACAUUAGCACCGGCUUCAUCAGUCACAAAUGCAACUCCUUCAUUACCAGUCCCAUUACAAUCCAAUGCCACUACAUUAGCACCGGCUUCAUCAGUCACAAAUGCAACUUCUUCAUUACCAGUCCCAUUACAAUCCAAUGCCACUACAUUAGCAACAGCUUCAUCAGUCACAAAUGCAACUUCUUCAUUACCAGUCCCAUUACAAUCCAAUGCCACUACAUUAGCACCGGCUUCAUCAGUCACAAAUGCAACUUCUUCAUUACCAGUCCCAUUACAAUCCAAUGCCACUACAUUAGCACCGGCUUCAUCAGUCACAAAUGCAACUUCUUCAUUACCAGUCCCAUUACAAUCCAAUGCCACUACAUUAGCACCGGCUUCAUCAGUCACAAAUGCAACUUCUUCAUUACCAGUCCCAUUACAAUCCAAUGCCACUACAUUAGCACCGGCUUCAUCAGUCACAAAUGCAACUCCUUCAUUACCAGUCCCAUUACAAUCCAAUGCCACUACAUUAGCACCGGCUUCAUCAGUCACAAAUGCAACUUCUUCAUUACCAGUCCCAUUACAAUCCAAUGCCACUACAUUAGCACCGGCUUCAUCAGUCACAAAUUCUACAUCUUCACUACCAGUCUCAUUAGAAUCCAAUGUCACUACAUUAGCACCGGCUUCAUCGGUCACAAAUUCCACAUCUUCACUACCAGUCCCAGUAGAAUCCAAUGCCACUACGUUAGCACCAACUUCAUUGGUCACAAAUUCUACUUCUUCAUUACCAGUCCCACUAGAUUCCAAUGCCACUACAUUAGCACCAUCUUCAUCAGUCACAAAUUCAACUUCUUCAUUACCAGUCCCAUUAGAAUCUAAUGGCACUACAUUAGCACCGGCUUCAUCAGUCACAAAUUCCACAUCUUCACUACCAGUCCCAGUAGAAUCCAAUGCCACUACGUUAGCACCAACUUCAUUGGUCACAAAUUCUACAUCUUCAUUACCAGUCCCACUAGAAUCCAAUGCCACUACAUUAGCACCAUCUUCAUCAGUCACAAAUUCAACUUCUUCAUUACCAGUCCCAUUAGAAUCUAAUGGCACUACAUUAGCACCAACUCCAUUGGUCACAAAUUCCACAUCUUCACUACCAGUUCCAGUAGAAUCCAAUGCCACUACGUUAGCACCAACUUCAUUGGUCACAAAUUCUACAUCUUCACUACCAGUCCCAGUAGAAUCCAAUGCCACUACGUUAGCACCAACUUCAUUGGUCACAAAUUCUACAUCUUCAUUUCCAGUCCCACUAGAAUCUAAUGGCACUACAUUAGCACCAACUUCAUUGGCCACAAAUCCCACAUCUUUACUACCAGUCUCGUUACCAGUCUCGUUACAAUCCAAUGCCACUACAUUAGCACCGGCUUCCUCAGACACCAAUUCUACAUCUUCACUACCAGUCCCACUAGAAUCAAAUGCCACUACAUUAUCACCGGUUUCAUCAGUCUCAAAUGCUACCGCUUCUCUACCAAUCUCAUUAGACACCAAUGCAACUACAUUAGCACCAGCCACAGCAUCCUCACUUGCACAGUCAGUCUCCACUACCAUCAACACAUACAGCACAAACACCAUACAAAUAACCACUGCCAUACCUAUUGCCACUGUGCCUUUGGAAUUUAAGAUUGUCAAUAAAGUUUUUGAUAAUGAACUGCAGAACCAAUCAUCUAGCAAAUACAUCGAUCUGAAGAAACAGGUUGAGGAUGAGAUGACAACAGUUUAUAAGGCUAAAUUUGAUCAUUUCAAGAAAGUAACAGUGACAGGUUUCAGUAAAGGCUCUGUGGUUGUUACGUCAGUACUUGAAUUUGAAAAUACCAUAACUCCAGCGCCUUCCAGCGACAACACUGUGCGCGCAUUAAUCAGCAGCCUUCAAAAUAAUGAUAGUGUUGGGCUCCUUCAGCUGGCACCCAACAGCAUCAGUUCCAACAAUAUUAGCCAGUCCAACCUUCCUCCACUCAAUAUAUCUGUAAACUUUCUUAUUAUGGCACCAUAUACUGCAUCUGCCAGUGAAACAUUUAGAAAUCAGACAAUUCUUUGGGUGCAAGAUGUCCUAUUAGAGCAUCUGAAUGGUACCGAGGCAGCAAAGCCAAAUAUUGCAUUUACCGACAAUGGAGGUUGGACAUAUACCACGGCUAAUUUCUUUAUAAAUUCUACCAAAUUACUGAGUGAAACCCCAGCCCUGAAUAAGCUUAUAGCAUCUAGAGGGAAUGCUAAUUUCUCCAUCGUUCCAGGGAGUUUGAUGGUUGACGGAAAGAAUCUGACCUUUAAUAAUAUGAGCCUGUCUCUGAGAAUUCUGAACCUAUCUCCAUCAUCGGACCUGACUGUGAAAUCCAGCAAUGCUUUUCAGACCAAUUCUGCAGCCAUUAGAAACUCUUUCAGAGAAAUAUUUGGGCAGCUACCUGAGGAUGUGGGACCCGUUGUAAACACAUUCACCAAUGAUCCGCUCCCUGUAACUGCAUAUGUGGACCUGUACUUCCUAAAUACCCCAAUAGACAAGGCUUCAGUUGUCAAGCGCAUUAUAAAUAACAGGAAGGCUUUCAGCAACAGGGGUAUUGUUUUGGACCUCUUUUCCCUGGACUCCACAGCCGUUGUGCAAGUGACAUUCACACUUAUACAAAACUACAUGUCAAGUCUGUCCAAUAUGUCUUCAUCGGAAGCCGACGCCCUUCAAAAUAGUCUUCUGAAUUUGCUAACGCCAAACCUGCAGAAUAUGUACAACAACAGCUUACAAACACCACCAUCAGUGACCUUCAAGAAUGUUGAUGUAUCGGCAGCUGCAGUAAUUCAAUAUGUGAGCAACUUUGCAGUAAAUGUGGAUAGUGCACAAGUCAUAAAAUCUCUUGAAAAGAACUCAAGUUUAGCAAGCCUAAUCCGUAUAGCCAGCCUGAAUGUGAAUAAUGUACCGAGCACUUUGCAAGCAUUUAUAUAUUACCCAAGAUUCACCAAUAUAAUAUACACUUCCGAUUUAAAUGACAGAAACAGUCAAAGAUUCAAGCAACUAGAGCAAACUGUUACAAACGCGUUCAGCAGUAUUCUUACAGAUUUCAAUAUGGCUCAGAUAGUGGUGGCUUCAUUUAUGUCAGGAUCAGUAAUUAGCAAGAUAGAACUGAUAUUUCCUCAAGGCGCCACAACAACUACCGCAGUGGCUCAACAGAUUGUGAAAAACCAAAACAUUCUGCAGAACUACAAUCUGACCUUGGAUCCUCAAUCAGUUUAUGUGACUGGUGCAACUUUUCCCCCUCCUGAGAGUUCAUUCCCCGGCUAUGCAGUAGCCAUCAUCGUUAUGUGUAUCUUGGCCAUCUUGUGCAUCCCUGCGUGUAUAAUCCUGUCUUUGAAAACAAAUAUGUGCGUGAAGCUCCGCCGUGCUUUUACUCUCAAGCCACCAUAUCAAAACAUUGAAGGAGGGAGCUCUAUGCCUGGCGUGACAAACUAUAGGAGCCAUUCAUAUGAGCUACCACAUUGAUCACCAGUUUAAGAAAGAAAAUAAUGCUUAUUUAUGAAACUUCAUGUACAAAUCGAAAAGUUCAUACUCAGCAAGUCUGCCUUCGAUAAUGGAUCGUACUUUGCCCCAAGAGCUGGAUCGUACUUUGCCCCAAAAUCUGGAAAAUAUCAUGAUAUUUUUGUUAUGGAAAAUUGCAUCCACAUUUUACCAAAUAUUCAAGAGAUGCUUCAAAGACUUUAGGCAUUUGCACCUUAUUCAAAGCAUAUCAUCACUAAGACGACCUAUCUGCUUAUUUUCUAGAGAUACAGUCAUUCAUUCUUUUUUAUUUAUUCAUCUCAGCCAUAAUAAAAAAAACACGCAAAAAAAGCACAAUAGUUUAUUUUGGUUUUACUUUUUUAUCUAAAGCAGGUUUUGUAUAAUUAUAAUUUGUAUUAAGACUUUCUCAGCCUGUGUGAUGACUACAUAGAAAGGUUGGAUCAGGUUAGAGUGGUAAAUGACACUGUUUGGCUGUUGGAAUGAUGUUCUUUUUAUGAAAUGCUGUUUUACUUUUAUGCCAGAUGUAACGAGACACACCCCUUCCAAAAAGUUCAACUUUUGUCUCCUCAGUCCACGGAAUAUUUAUUCAUCUCAGGUGGUGCUAUAGGUCAAGCACACAGAAAAAGCACAAUAGUUCAUUUUGGUGUUACUUUUUUUAUCUAAUGCAUUUUAAUAAUUAUAAUUUGUAUUAAGACUUUCUCAGCCUGUAUGAAGACUACAUGGAAAGGUCAGAUCAGGUUAGAGAGAUAAAUGACACUACUUUUAUUAUUUAUUUUAUAUGUUAAUUUAUAAAAUCAGUGGAUUGCAAAUGUUUUAUAGAAAAAUAUAAAUCCAACAUGUUAGCCAAUGGGAGAAGUAGACUUUGUCUCUCGAAGAGAGGUAAAGGAAAUCAUGUUGGUAUAAGAUUUUUCAUUUAGAAGUUAUAGAAAAAUAACUCAAAAUAUCUUUUUGUUGGGUGUUGCAGUCUAGGCUCCAAAACACACUAUGUUUUAUACUUAUUUGUACUUCAUUAUAUGUAAUGUUUGUUAGCUUGUCAGUUAAAUGGAGGACUACUACAUUUGUAAUAAAAACGUUGUAAAAAAAAAUGUACCGUAAUUUAUAUGCAGCAGUGACCACGGCAAUAAAUGUAUUCUAUGUGCA